AUGGGCGGCUGCGGGGGGUGGGGUCUGGCCGUGCUGCUGUGCUGGGCCGGGGGCUGCAGCCCGGGGGCCGCCGCGCAGCCCUCCGCCUCCGCGCAGCCCUCCGCCUCCCCGGGCUGGCCCCGCUGCCCCAGCCGCUGCCUCUGCUUCCGCACCACCGUGCGCUGCAUGCACCUCCUGCUGGACGCCGUCCCCGCCGCCUCCCCGCAGACCUCCAUCCUAUCUGUGAUAAUCAACUGUGCCCUUUUCCACAACGUUGAUUUUCUUUUUUCCCCUCUUUUUUUCCUCCACAGGGAUCUGCGCUUUAAUAGAAUUAGAGAGAUCCAGCCCGGAGCAUUUAAGCAGCUUAAAAAUUUAAAUACACUCCUUCUGAACAACAAUCAAAUUCAGAGAAUACCUAGUGGAGCCUUUGAAGACCUGGAAAAUUUAAAAUAUCUCUAUUUGUACAAGAAUGAAAUCCAAUCAAUUGACAGGCAAGCAUUUAAGGGACUUGUCUCUCUAGAACAACUAUAUCUGCACUUUAACCAAAUAGAAACAUUGGAACCAAAUUCAUUUAAUCAUCUUCCAAAGCUUGAAAGACUGUUUUUGCACAACAACAGGAUAGCUCAUAUUGUUCCUGGAACAUUUGGCCAGUUGGAAUCUAUGAAGAGAUUGCGAUUGGAUUCAAAUGCUCUUCAUUGUGACUGUGAAAUCCUCUGGUUGGCAGAUUUGCUGAAGAAAUAUGCGGAAUCUGGAAAUGCCCAAGCAGCAGCUACUUGUGAAUAUCCAAGGCGGAUACAGGGACGAGCACUGGCAACCAUAACUCCGGAAGAACUUAAUUGUGAAAGGCCAAGAAUUACAUCAGAGCCUCAUGAUGUAGAUGUUACUUCUGGGAAUACGGUGUACUUCACGUGUCGAGCAGAAGGCAAUCCCAAACCAGAAAUUAUUUGGCUUCGCAACAAUAACGAGCUAAGCAUGGAAACAGAUUCCCGUUUGAACCUGUUAGAUGAUGGAACUUUGAUGAUUCAGAACACUCAGGUGACCGACCAAGGGAUUUAUCAGUGUAUGGCAAAAAAUGUGGCUGGAGAAGUGAAAACUCAGGAAGUUACCCUCAGAUAUUUUGAAUCCCCAGCUAGACCAAGUUUUGUGAUUCAGCCCCAAAAUACCGAAGUGUUGGUGGGGGAGAGCGUCACCUUGGAAUGUAGCGCCACGGGCCACCCACAACCCCGGAUCACCUGGACGAGAGGCGACAGGACACAUCUGCCCGAUGACCCUCGCAUCAACAUCACCCCCUCCGGGGGUCUUUACAUACAAAACGUGGUCCAGGAAGACAGCGGCGAGUACGCCUGCUUCGCAACCAACACCCUGGAUAACAUCCACGCCACGGCUCUCAUCAUCGUGCAAGCUGUGCCUCAGUUUACCGUUGCCCCUCAAGAUAGAGUGGUUAUCGAGGGCCACACUGUCGACUUCCACUGUGCGGCCCAGGGCUACCCUCAGCCUGUGAUCGCCUGGACUAAGGGAGGGAGCCAGCUCUCCGUGGAUCGGAGGCAUUUAGUUCUGUCGUCGGGAACUCUGAGGAUUUCCGCCGUGGCUCUUCAUGACCAGGGACAGUAUGAAUGUCAGGCUGUCAACAUUGUCGGCUCUCAGAGGAUCGCCGUCCAGCUGACGGUACAGCCUCGAGUCACUCCGGUGUUCGUGAGCAUUCCGAGCGAUAUGACGGUGGAAGUUGGCACCAACGUACGGAUUCCAUGCAGUUCUCAAGGAGAGCCCAAGCCAGAAAUAACAUGGAAUAAGGAUGGAGUUCAGGUAACUGAAAGUGGAAAGUUUCACAUUAGCCCAGAAGGAUUUCUGACCAUAAACGAUGUGGGAACGGCCGACGCCGGGCGAUACGAAUGCGUCGCCCGGAACACUAUCGGAUAUUCCUCCGUCAGUAUGGUCCUAAGCGUCAAUGUUCCCGAUGUCAGUCGAAAUGGAGAUCCCUAUGUAGCCACCUCCAUUGUUGAAGCAAUCGCCACCGUUGACAGAGCUAUAAAUUCUACCCGAUCGCAUUUAUUUGACAGCCGUCCUCGUUCGCCUAAUGAUUUGCUGGCUUUGUUCCGGUAUCCAAGAGAUCCUUACACCGUAGAACAGGCGAGAGCGGGAGAGAUUUUUGAGAGAACAUUGCAGCUAAUCCAGGACCAUGUACAGCAUGGUUUGAUGGUUGACCUGAAUGGAACAAGCUACCACUACAACGACCUGGUGUCGCCCCAGUACCUGAGCCUGAUCGCCAACCUGUCGGGCUGCACGGCGCACCGGCGCGUCAACAACUGCUCGGACACGUGCUUCCACCGGAAGUACCGCACCCACGACGGCACCUGCAACAACCUGCAGCACCCGAUGUGGGGGGCCUCCCUGACGGCCUUCGAGCGGCUGCUCAAGGCCGCCUACGAGAACGGCUUCAACCUGCCGCGGGGCGCCGACCCCCACCGCCUUUACCACGGCCACCCGCUGCCGCCUCCCCGCCUGGUGUCCACCGCGCUGAUGGGCACGGAGGCGGUGACCCCGGACGCCCGGCUGACCCACAUGACCAUGCAGUGGGGCCAGUUCCUGGACCACGACCUGGACUCGACCGUAGCGGCCCUGAGCCAGGCCCGCUUCUCGGACGGGCGGCACUGCGCCUCGGUCUGCACCAACGACCCGCCGUGCUUCUCGGUCCUGGUGCCCCCCGACGACCCCCGCGGGAGGAACGGGGCCCGCUGCAUGUUCUUCGUGCGCUCCAGCCCCGUGUGCGGCAGCGGGAUGACCUCCCUGCUGAUGAACUCGGUCUACCCGCGGGAGCAGAUCAACCAGCUGACCUCCUACGUCGACGCCUCCAACGUCUACGGCAGCUCGGACCACGAGGCCCGGGAGGUGCGCGACCUGGCCGGCCACCGCGGCCUCCUGAGGCAGGGCGUCGUCCAGCGGUCCGGGAAGCCCCUGCUGCCCUUCGCCACGGGCCCGCCCACCGAGUGCAUGAGGGACGAGAACGAGAGCCCCAUCCCCUGCUUCCUGGCCGGGGAUCACCGGGCCAACGAGCAGCUGGGCCUGACCAGCAUGCACACGCUGUGGUUCCGGGAGCACAACCGCGUCGCCGCCGAGCUCCUCCGCCUCAACCCGCACUGGGACGGGGACACCGUCUACCACGAGGCCCGCAAGAUCGUGGGCGCCCAGGUCCAGCACAUCACCUACAGCCACUGGCUGCCCAAGAUCUUCGGGGAGGCGGGCAUGAAGAUGCUCGGGAGCUACCGGGCCUACGACCCCGCCGUGAACUCGGGCGUCUUCAACGCCUUCGCCACGGCGGCCUUCCGCUUCGGCCACACCCUCAUCAACCCCCUCCUCUACCGGCUGGAUGAGAACUUCCGGCCCAUCGCGCAGGGCCACGUCCCCCUCCACAAGGCCUUCUUCUCCCCGUUCCGGAUCAUCAACGAAGGGGGCAUCGACCCUCUGCUCAGGGGGCUGUUCGGGGUGGCCGGGAAGAUGCGGGUGCCGUCCCAGCCGCUCAACACGGAGCUGACCGAGCGGCUCUUCUCCAUGGCCCACGCCGUGGCGUUGGACCUGGCGGCCAUCAACAUCCAGAGGGGCCGGGACCACGGCAUCCCUCCCUACCACGACUUCCGGGUCUACUGCAACCUGUCUUCGGCCCACACCUUCGAAGACCUGAGAAACGAAAUCCGGAAUCCUGACAUCCGGGCCGAGCUGCAGAGGUUGUACGGCUCGCCACUAAACAUAGACUUGUUUCCUGCCCUCGUGGUGGAAGAUUUGGUUCCUGGGAGCAGAUUGGGCCCUACGUUGAUGUGCCUGCUAAGCACACAGUUUAAGCGCCUCCGAGACGGAGACAGGCUGUGGUAUGAGAACCCUGGAGUGUUUAAUCCCGCUCAGCUGACUCAAAUAAAGCAGACCUCCCUCGCCAGAAUCCUCUGUGACAACGGAGACAACAUCACAAGGGUGCAGAGAGACGUCUUCACCGUGGCCGAGUUCCCUCACGGAUAUGGCAGCUGUGAUGAAAUUCCCAAAGUGGAUCUCCGGAUGUGGCAGGAUUGCUGUGAAGACUGUAGAACCAGAGGACAGUUUAAUGCAUUUUCAUUUCAUCAUUUCCGGGGGAAACGCUCCCUUGACUACAGCUAUCAGGAGGAUAAGCCCCUGAGGAAAAUGAAAGCACGGAAGACCCGAAGGACCCCAAAGCAGAGUCCAAAUUUCAAGAAUGGCACUUGGGCCUCCGAUGAGCAAACAGAUGGACCGGUGAUAAACGACUUCAAAGAAUUUGUCCUGGAAAUGCAAAAGACCAUCACAGGCCUCAGGAAACAGAUAAAGAAACUUGAAGUGCGCCUCAAUAAAAGCGAAUGUACUGAUGAGACGGGGAAAUCCUACUCGAGCAAUGAAAAAUGGAAAAGGGAUCCCUGUACUGUAUGUGAGUGCAAGGGUGGCCAAGUUACCUGCUUCGUAGAAUCUUGUCAUCCAGAAAAAUGCGCGGCUCCAGUGAAGAUAAAAGGAGCCUGUUGUCCCAUCUGUUUAAAAGAAACCGCUGGCAAAAAUGAGGAGCCAUAAGAGGGGCCUUCCAGGUUUGGGGGAGUUACUGUGUCUCCUCAUCCCGCCCAGAGAACUCCACCCUCUCGAGAGAGAGAGAACGAGGAAUGAAGAUGUAUCGGGGACAACCUCCAAUUGGUGAGAUUCCAGAACGUAACACGGUUCAAGUCGAUUUCAUUGCCCACAAAGAAGGAGAGAACAGUGCAACUAUCCAGAAAGGGAUGUAGGUCAAACGGUCAUGAUAACUUUGUGUUAGACUUUCUCAGGUUUUGCAAAUUAAAUUUGGUGCUACUCAAAGCGAUGGGGGCUGAGGCCUCGGUUGAAUCAUGUGGACUGUGACACUAUUUUAAUUUAAACUCCACGCGACAUUUCCAGGAAGCAGAAAGAAGAAGAAGAAUGGUGGGAUCAGAGCUGUGCUUGUUUGUUUUUUUGUCGAUGUGGAAAGGGUACAGAGGCUGGGGUGUCAUUCACUCUACGCGGAGAGGGAGUUGGAGUGUAAGAGGAGAAAGCAACGAGCUCUCUUCAUUUCAAGUCACAGCGGAACACUGAAUAAAAUCAAUGGUCGCCGAACUUAAAAUAUAUAUUUUAUGAGAAUGUAAGCGUAGGUUUUUUUUUCUAAGGCAUAUUUGGGGUUCCUUGAAUGUUUUUAUCUCAGUGGGUGUGACAUUUCACAGUUUUUUAUUAUUGUAUUGUACUCUCCCAAGCGCUUAAUACAGUGCUCUGUAAGCGAACUUAACAACACUGAACCAUAAGACAAAGCAAUUCUUUUACCCAACUGUACGUAAGUCUGUUUCACACUGGGUUUCACCCUUUUUUGAAAGCAUGAGACAUCACUGUAGUGAAGACGAAUUCAGACUGGGAUGCUGCUGCGUCCAAACUCGAGACAUGCAUAUGGGUAGCCUGGUUUGGAAAAGAAUGUGAAAAAGAUCGGGAGUUACGUUUUGUUUCUGAAGUUACCUGCUGAUUUAUUUUUUGUCUUGCCAAAGCUAAUCAAUAAAUCGCAGACUGAUCUAUGGAGGGGCCUUGUUUGGAGGCAGAACAAACCCAUCGAAGGAGCAAUAUCCAUGGCUCGCUACCCCGUGCUACUAUUUGGGCUUGGUAUUUGAAUUAAAUAAGUUUUCUACCUUCAGUAUCUGCAUCGUUUUUAAGUCAAUCCAGUACCUCAUUUGUAUUUUUCCAAAGGUCUUGCAUUUCCCAAAGAUGAUGCAUUUUGAUGAUGUUCAUCUUUUCCGUUAAGCCACGGCUCCCCGUCAUUUAGCAUUCCAGCGGCGUGUCGGUUGAAUGGAUGUUUAUGAGAAAAAUUUAGUGAAAAACAACCAUCAUACCUCAUGUGACAAACUUUUUUUUAAAAAACUUACUUUGUUCGGUCAAUACCCCCGCACGUUCACAGAACGUAAUUAGUUACAGUAUUUAGGAAAGUUGCACACACACACACAAAAAAAAACCCAACCAUCAUUACCGGUCUGUGAAAAUGAUGAAUGUUCAUUUAGUAAGGAGGCCCAAAAAUAAAAGAUCCGUGCAGGAGUGUACAAAGAAGAUCCACUCAAAUUUACUCGGCGCAUCAACAUUUCAAACACUCGAUACUGUACCCUUUCGAAUACCUGUAAGACGGCGUCAUGAUUCAAAUUCAAAUGCUAUAGACUGAGGAUGGUCUUUGUACACAGUUCUUGAUUAGCACAAUAGUAUCUGAGUUGUGCUUGACCACGUAUUUUGGAGGUACAAUCGAUUUUUCCAAUUCAUAUUUUUCUAACUCUUUGGAUUGGUUUUAAAUCUAGAGUUUGGUUCUAAAACCUUAUAUAUGAUAUCGUUAGAAGCCAUAGAGAGAUUUUUAGGGCACCAUAGAGUGUCCUGAGUCUCUGAUGGUGAAGUGUUUGCAAAUACAGAUGUGUCAUUAACUGUGGAGGUGGUUAUAUAAACCAGGAAAUAUAUAUAUUUCUAGUUAUCCUUUUAAUUUUACAUUAAAAUGCUCAGGUAUGACACAUAUCAAAUGACUCUCCAACUAAAAUAUUAUAGUCUGAUUGUUUUACUUUGAGGAACUUGUUUUUAUUCUAUUUUUGUCAUUCACUUCUUAGUAUAGGUGGGUUGAAAAAAUACAAAUAAAAAAAUCAAGAAAAGACUCCAGGCUGGUUUUAGGUCCUCAAACCAGCCAAUCAGUGCGUUUUCCAAGAAAUUCCUAAAACUACAGGAGAAAAUGGAGUCUGAGAUUUUGCGCUCAAAUUCUGUAACUUAAAGGGACGUAUCUGCACCACCAAUUUGGAUUAAAAUGUUCUAAAAGAGUUACAAAAUAACAGCCAAUGACUGACCGAGUCCUUUUCGGUGGCCAUAAGAUUAUCGUUGUACUAUGUGGCAAACUGUACAUAUUUAUUCACUUUUCUAAACUUACCCGAAGCAAGGAUACUUCAUCAUUCUUAUUGUAACCAGUACAUGUACCAAAGAAGAGUGGGCACUUUGUAAGGAUGCUUCUCAGUUAAAAUAAAUGGGUCACAUUUUCAAAUGAA